AUGGUAAAUUCAAGUGCCCCCGACUCGAAGAAGGAUGCGGGGCAUUUGAGAUCAGACGGACCGCAUAUCCCACCUGGCACGAGUAAACAGUCAUCCAUUGUAAGCCACGGUACUCUGCCAGAAUCUCUUGUUCUGUCCCCUUCGGCAUCCUCCAUCGCGGUGCCCUCGAAGAAUUCCACUGUCAAGAACACGACCAACGCACCUCGGGUAGACCUCGAUGGGCUCUGGGAGGAGGCAUAUAAGGAGCUUUCUGAUAAUCCAAAAAAUUCUAAACUCGUCACGGCCUAUGAGAAAUGUCUGGCCCAACCAGGAAAUACCGAGAACGAUAUCUCAGAAAUUGACAUUAUUCCAUGCUUGAGGUCGGUAAUUGAAAAUCGCCUCGAUGAGAUAGAACGCUGCCGGAUCAAGGUCACCUUGGCAGGGAAGGAGAUCAUCGGCAAGGAUCAAAUACGGAGGGCAGCGGACAAGAUUUUAUCUGUGAAGGAUGCUGUCACGAUAGCAGUGAGCGCCGAGCCACACGCUGCUUUGGCAUGGGCCGGAGCUUUGGUACUCUUGAACUCUUUCACCAAUGCUUUGAAACAAGAUGCAAAAGCCAUGGACGGAUUCAAGUAUAUCGCAAUAGUUCUCGCUCGCUAUGGUGUCGUCCAACGUGACUGGAGCAGCUUGUAUUCCGCAGCAAGGCAAUCCAAGGCAUCAGAUGACGGCCGUGCGCAGUAA